AUGGUGCCAAAACAUAGUUUUCUUCAGGAAUUUAGUUCUUGUUCAUUCCCUACUGUUCCAAAAGGAUUCUAUGAUAAAGUUGAAGAGGGAAGCAUCAUAUUGAAGAAAGCUCCCAAAUUUAGCUUCUACAAAGAAGGAAUCGAGGUUGACGAUGAGGGUACCUCACUAGAGACUGAUUUGGUCAUAUUGGCCACGGGAUUCGAUGGUGAAAAGAAGCUCAAAGACAUUUUUCUGUCCAAAAUCUUUCAAGAUUCGGUUCUUGGGUCAUCUAAUGCAGCAGUUCCUCUCUAUAGGUUAGCAAUUUCUUUUCCUUUCUGGAUCAAAAUCUUAGAAUUUAUCAAGCAAAACAAAAUGACCAAUAUAUUAGUUACUCUUUCCUUCAGGGAAUGCAUUCAUCCUCGAAUUCCACAACUGGCAGUAAUUGGAUUCUCAGAAGCUGCUUCAAACCUGUACGCCUCAGAGCUAAGAUGUCGAUGGCUCGCAGAGCUUCUUGUUGGCACAUUCAAGACACCUAGCAUAAAAGAGAUGGAAAAGGAUGCAACAAAAUGGGACCGAUAUAUGAAGCAAUAUGCUGGCCCAUAUUACAGGAAAGCAUGCAUUGCUGGGAUUCACAUAUGGCACAAUGAUCAACUCUGCAAAGACAUGGGAUGGAACCCUAAGAGAAAGAAAGGUUUCUUUGCUGAAUUGUUUGAGCCUUAUGGACCAAUAGAUUAUGUUUCCUCUUAG